UGCACCUAAAGUAGCAGUGCUUCUUCCACAUGUAAAACAUACACAGUCAAAUAGUUUUGCAUCCUAGCAAGCUUUAAGAAAGCGUGAUUUGCUAGAAAUGUGUUGUGAAUGCAGCAGUACCUAAUGAACCUGCAGCGACUAUCGAGAGAAACAUGUCUCUCUUAGAAGGCAGAUAUUUUUACCAGCAUGUAUACAACAGCUGACAUGUUAUUCUGUUUAUUUACUUAUUAAUUUCAAUACACUGAAUGCCACGUGGAGCGUUACAGGCAGGGGUGUAAUUCUACAGAACACGUCGAAAUGGCAGUUUUCAAGUAUGAUGGAAAAGGGUUGGUGGCAAUGGACUUGGGUAGCUGGUUCCUGGUCACUGUCCUUGGAACGAAGGAAUAAGCGUGUGCGUGAAACUUUCGGCAUCGACGUUAGUGAUCGGUGUAGUAUAUAUUGUAGAAUAGUGCAAGUUGCGCUAUUUUUCUUUGUGUCACAAUGUCUGCAGUUUUUUUUGUUGCAGCGACAUGUGGUGCUGGAGUGAUUAGAAAGGAUCAGACGGGUAGCUCGAGUUCGGGUACCUUCACGAGAAGAGGGGACUCUGGGUACCCGCUAGAGCCAUGGAUCAUGACUCCUGUGCCUGGUCACCCAAAUCGCCUCACGGCAGAGGGGCGCUAUAAUGAGGCACACGCAUCAAUGCGAAAUGCCGUUGAGCGGUGCAUAGGAGUCGUCAAGAGCCGCUUCCAAUGCCUGCAGAGGUAUCGGGUGCUCCACUACUCGCCUCAGAAAGCAGCCACUAUUGUUGCAGCUUGUGCAGCGCUGCAUAACCUCUGCCUUGCAGCAGGCGUGCCUCUGCCAGACGACCCAGAUGACGACGGUGCACAUGACGACAGCGCACAGGAGCCAGCCCAGGCACAAGUGCCGCUUCAAAUACAGGUGCCACCGCAGGCGCACCCUGUACAGCCUUCUCGAGCUUUGUUUCAAAGAGGCCGUGCAGUGCGUGAAUCCAUAGUUGGUGUGUUUCGGCUGCCCAGAAAUUUGCGCAUUGCCUACCUGCAAAGUGUGCGCCGGCGCAUUCGCUGGCAAAUGAGGCGGAGACAUGUGCUGGUGUAACAUGUUUUAUUUUUCUUUUCAUGAAAGUAAAUAGGCCGUGCACUUCAACAUAACACAUUGCGUGUGCUCACAUGUGGCUAUUCAUAGUAUGCUGCCUACUGCAGUAGUGAAAAGCACAUGAUUUGUCUAUGUUGAGCGUGACAGAUACACAUGCAGUGACAAAUAACCAUGUGUCAUUAUGUUACUCCUUUGCUUUGUUCACUGUGCUUUUGAAUAUUUUCUCGCCAGGGAAUUUUCUUUAAAUAAAGGUUAUUUCCAAGGUGAAUGGCAACCAA